AUGCUGAGAAAAAUGUUGAUUGAGUUAUACCUGGUCCCUGCUCUCAGAGACUUCCAUUAUCACAGGGGACUAAAGGCUCCCACUUUCCGAGUGCAUCUGAGGUGCCAUGUGCCUUGUUUUUCCUGCCUGUCUGCUUUGGUCUUGCAGCAGCCAUGUGCAGUAGAAUUCCUAGCCCAUGUUACAGAUGAGCAGCCCAAAGCAUGGAAAUUUAAUAACUUGCUCAAUGUCAUACAGUUGAUGAGAGGUGGGGGAGAUUAUCAAACCCAGAUCUGUCAGCUUCUAAAAUCUUUAUUCUCGGAUGAGUUCUGUUUUGCUUCUCUGGUCAGCAAACAGCCCGUUACAGAGUGUGGCUGGCUGUGA